AUGAACAGUAAAUUAAAUAAAGCUGGUUCUCUAGACACUAAUGCAACUAAAAUAAAAGCGCUCCAAACACAAAAAUCUUUACCUUCUUCUCUUAAGGAACGUCCAGACUUUUUAACCGUUCCUCCAUUAGAUAUUGCUCGUGCUAAGAGUCAGGAGCUUGAACAAAUAUCAAAGAAAGUUUCAAAAGAGAAAUCCAAAUCAUUGGAGAAAAUGGAAGUAAAACGUGGCAGUAGUAAAGAGAAAGAAAGGACCAAAUCACAGGAGGAAAGCGACUCUGAAAUUGCUAAGCGUAAAGAAAAACAACAAAUGUUAUUUGAAGCUGCUUUAAAACAAACAAAAACCCUCAUUAGUCCAGUAAAAGACACAUUGCCACCGUUUCCACCAACAGAAGAUAAAAUAUUGGUUAAAACUGAAGGAGAUAAGAUUAUUAUUGAAACAAAGAUUAGUAGUAAGGCAGAAGAUCAUGUUUUCAUUGCAAAAUCGCCGAAGAAACUUGAUAAUAAACUAGGGGGCAAAAUAAGCAGAAGUUUUGAAGAUCAAAAAACAAAUAAAAGUAGCAACAAUAAAUUAAACAAAAGCAUGGAUGAUAAAUCUAGUCAGUCUUUGGAAGACAAAUUCGAUGACCUUGCGGCUCUUCAGAAAUCACCAAAAACAUUAUCGAAAAAACAGGAAAUUAAGCAGCAAAUUGAGGGCAAAGUGGUUUAUCAAAAAGUGCAUCCUAGUGUGAAAUCGAAGAGUCUGGAUAGAAAGGCAGAUAUACAUCUUGACGCUAAAGCUAAAUCAAAAAGCUUAGACAGAAAUUAUGUUACACCAGCAUCACCUGCCAUUGAAGACAGAGUUGAUAAACACUAUAAACAAGAUGUGGUAACUGUGGAUGUUCAUUCAAGUGCUAAAGAAGAAACUGAUACGCCAGUUAACGAACAAGAAGUGAAAGAAGUUUCUCCAUCUCAUAGUUUUAAAGAAAAGACCGAAGAAGAUUCUUCAAUCGAGUGGAUGACUAAUUCACAAUACACCGUUAUUGAAAACGAUACUCAAACAGUUAUAAUGGAAAGGAGAAAAAUAGAUAUUUACAAUAAACAAAGACAAAUUGAAAUUCAGGAGAGCAAGAGUAGCCAAGACGUACGCAGUUUACUUGAAGAGAAAAAGACAGAAGUAAAGCGUUUAACUAGCGAGGAAGAAUCGCUGACAGAAGUAAGCGAGCUAAAGGUUUCUGAUGAGAGUAAUAUGUUAGGUCUAUCUUUACCAUUUAUAGAUGCCGACAGUUCAUCGGAUCAGGACCAAGUUUCUAAAAAAGAAAGAAAGGUAAAUCUGCAUCGUGAGCGAAGUGAUGAUACUGGUUCAUUGAUGACAGGCGAGAAUGAGGAAUUAACAGCAGAUACAGAAUUGCCGCUGUCAGAUACUAGUAAUAGAACAAGCAAAAGUAAAAAAACGCUUGACCAACAGAGUACUUUUGAAGAGUCAUCGGCUAGCUUAGUAGAAUUUUUAAAACAUGAAUCUAUGUCGCAGCUGUUUUCAGAAAGUGAAACUGAUCGCGAUGUAAAGAAUAGUAAGAAUAUAUCGAAAUCUAUGGACUUAACGCUUAAAUUUAAAAAGAAAAACAAAAUAAUAGUUACUCCACCACAAGAACACAGUCCAACCGUCGAAAACUUGCCUUUUAUUGACAAUGGUGCUUCUAGAUGUACACAAAAAUCAGAAUCAGGUGAACAGACCGGUAGUUCAGGAAGUGCUCAUGAUGUAUCACCAACUGAAACAAAAAAUGACCAAAAAACGUUAUUGACAGCAAAGUCUAGAAGAAGUGAGUUAUUGAAGUUAAGUGCAGAACGAUCUAGAAGCUCUGAGUCUACUUCUUGGACAAGUAUUGAAAAGGAUGUAAGUCCAUCAAGUGCUAAUAUCAAAGGUAGUUCAAUUGAUGAUGAAUCAAGUGUAAGUUGUUCAAUAGCUCGACCAUUAGGUAUUUCGCAAGAUAUUGAAAAGUUAAACAAAAAAGACAGAGAAUGCCUUGAAGAACUUAAACAGGCUAUGGAAUAUGGCGAAGAGCAUUUGGUAUCCCAUCAUACUUUAUCUAGUGAACAUUCAAAAUCGAACUCAAAGUCCCCUUCACCCAUUCCAGAGCUAGGUCGUAUUGAAAGCCCUCGUAGUCCAUCGAAAUUUGGUAUGAGAAAAUCACCUACUCCGACUUUAGAAAAACAAGGUCCGGUAGAUUCACUUAAAGCUCCUUCCGAUUCCGAAUCGAGUUCUGAAAGUAUUGAACGGACAGUAGAACAACUGUCAAAACCAAAUUUAAGAAAAAGUGGCUUGGAUAAAAUAGGGAAAUGUGUUAUUGAAGAAUCAGAGUCUAGUCAAUCUGCCGGGUCAAAAGCUUCUGAUGUUAAGAAAGAUCUUCACAAACCUGUUAAAAAAACGAAAAUAGCAAUAACAAUAUCCCAAGAAGAUCAAAACACUACCAUCGAUUUUGAUGAUGAUGGGAAUGUUAUAACUUCGUCGCUAGAAAGAGAAUUAAUGAAGAAAAGGGCUUUGAAAGAUACGGAUCAGAAGAGUUCUUCUAAGUCAAGUAUGGAUAAUACGAUUACUACAACGCCUUCGAAGGGGUCUCUUAGUGUUGAUGAUUCAUCAUCUAGGAGAAAGGUUCGUCUUGACGAGCAGAAGAGUUCAUCGAAAUCCAGCAUGGAUUCAAGAGGAUCAUUAAGUGUAGAAUCAAGAGGUUCUUUUGAAACAACUGAAUCAACUUCAGGUUCAUUAGGCGAGGCUUAUCGCCGUGGUGAAGAAUUAAAACCCACAUGGAGACCUUUCUUUGGCGCAUCGGGCAGCGAGAAUAGUACUAGCAUUGAGGAAGCUUGGAUACCACAAGACCAUGAUGGCUAUGAAAGCUUAACAGUAAAUAGAGAUGUAUUCGAGUACAAUAACCAAAGACUUUUAGAUGACUUUCAGCCAUUCCCUAAAAAUCCACCUUUGUCUGCAAAUACCUCAAAAGAUUCCACUGAAGCUGAUUUUACGGACGACCUCAACGACUUUCCCGUGAAUUUCCUAUACCCAGCAACGUCUUCAGUUUCCUCUGAUGUAGUUAUUGGAUACGGCCAAAAUUUUGGUCGUACUUUAUCUCGUAUAUCGGAGAGAAGUACUGCAUCCGAAAAGACAAGCGCUGAUGAAGAUUCAACUAAAGCUUGCUCCCGCUCUGAAAGUAUGAAUGAGGAGUCGUUGAAUUCUAGUGAUCACCAGGCUAGCCUUAGUUCAGAUCCACCAAGCAACGCUAAUGUUGCUUACAUUUCAGACACCGAUAGAAGAACAUCGGCUGAAAUGCCAGACAUACCUAUUGAUCAAACUAAAAUAAGUGAAAUGUAUUCUGAAUCAAAAAAAGACGGUGAAAAAAUGAGUAAGAAACUAGACAUGUUACACGAAACAAAGAAAACCUCUGAUGAUAGUCAACUUAAAAAAAAUAUCCCAAAAGUUUCAUUAAAGCAGUCCUCCGCUAGUGAAAGUCAAGAAUCCGAAGAUUGGCCGCUACCAGAGCUACCACCCCAAGCAGCACUUAACUGUGAGUCAUCAGAGUUAAAUAGGCGAAAAUCUAGUGAAUUUGAGGAAUGGCCGUCUCUUCCUUCUAGUGUUUUAGAGACACCAAUAGUUGAAAAAAUUCAUAUUUACUAUAUGAGCAACGAACCAGAACAAGCAAUGAAAGUGACUAUUCAAUCUGAAAGUUCAAAAGACCAGUUGGAAUCAGAUGAUGACAGUGAUACUUUGAAUAAUGACGAAGAAUUAGAAAGGGAUAUUCAUGAGUCAAAAUCAGAAAAGUCACCGGAUAGAACUACUGAUGAAUCGUCACAAAAGCAUGUAAAAGCUAUUCCUUACGAUCAGUCGGGUUAUAUGGUAGAACCGUUAGAAAAACACGAUGAAUUUACAUGCCUUAAUAAAGGUGUAGUACAAAGUUAUGAUAAAUCUUGUUUGAGCGGAACUCUCAGCAAAGCUACAUGUCUUAUGGGAGACACGGGUUCGUGCUGUUCCCGAGCCGACCAUAAAUCAUUUAAUACUAAGAGUAAUAUUGAAGACAAAGUUAUUAUAAAUCAACCAUUAAAAUCGCCAACUAAUCACAGUCCUAACUUCGAAGAAGACAAUUUGUAUACGGAUGAUGUAUUUGGCGGAGAUAGCAAAUCGUUAUCUCCUGAUUUUGAUAAAGGAUUUUCUCAAAUAAGUAAUCAGAAGUUUUCGUGUGGAUCUAACAAUUCGGAUACGUCAAUCGAUGACCUUCUCUCUCAGACAAAUGCUGAGGAGACCGUAAGAGCGGUAGGUAAGCUAAGUACUGGUGGUGCAGGUACUUGUAAAAGAUGUAGUCAUAGUAGUCAUUCUGAGGAGGAAACAAGUUCUUUUGGGACAGAUUUAGAUGGUACUGUAAAAAUAGGCUUACCACAAAAAAAAUGUACCCAUAGUUCUCAUUCCGAAGAUACAUCUAUUUGCUUGAGUAUAUCUGAAUGGUCGACGGGAACCAAUACUGUUCGUCAGUAUGCUAAUCUCUCGGCUUCAGAGAGCAUAUCUGCGAUAUCUAUUCAAAAAAGCGACAAGUCUGAUAAUGCGGCAACAAAGUUGUAUUCCUCCAAUCAAAUAACUAAGAAAUCUGAACAGAAACCAAAAGUAAGUUCUCUAGCGGGGAGUUCGAAAAGUAGUAGUAUAGAUAAAAGCUCAGACAAUAUCAAGUACGAUAAGCUAUGUAGCUCGGAAACUACAAUUUCAAAAAAAGGCAUUGAUAGUAGUUCUGGCACUAAAAGUGAUAGUACCCUGACUUUAGCUCAAUCUAUAUCGGAGUGGUCAGCAAGCACCAGUCACACACUAGUGGCUACUGCACGCGAAGAUCAUCAACAGGUAGAAGAUGUAAAAUGUGAUACAACUUUUGUUAAAGAAUCUCCUACUAUUAUUGAAGAUAUAAUCGAAUCAGACCCAACUUCUGUUCCGAAAUGCGAAUCUCCAGCGAAAUCAGAUGACUUCAAAGAACCUGUUUUGAGAUUGACUUAUACAGGAAAGAAUGAUAAAUCUUCUUCUAUAAGUUACAGUGACAAGUCAGAUAAAUCCAGUUCUAGUUCAUUAAGUAGCCUUCAAAAGCACACGAAUGGUAUUCUCAGGUUUGAUCAAAGGUUAAGGACAUUCCAUCAUCCACAAGACGUAACACAUGAACGAUACUCAAAAGCCCCUCCAAAGAGUUUAAGUUAUGAGGAACAGACCCAUAAAUACACAAAAGCAUCAAUGCGAUGUCAAAGUGAGGACAGUGAUUUUAAACCUUACUUUGAGGAACCCCAGCCAGAAGUGGACAUCGAUAUGCCUUCUCAGCUGUACAGUCAAGAAGAAAAACAUAGUGAACGCUAUCAAAGUCAAGAGUUUUCUAACAUUAUACGUGAAGAUUUCGGAAAUCAAUUCAAUCGACCCGACUAUAAGCCUUUGGCAAAACAUGCUAGCUACGAUGAUAAAACUCUGUCGAAAAAUCAGAUAAAAGAGUAUAAAAUAUCACAGCAAUAUCGCAGUAAACCUAAAAGUUGGUCUUUUCAUGAACAUUAUUUGGCCUCGUCAUCUGAGUUACCCAUAAUAACUGUACCAGAAAUACCUUUAGUACACAAGGAAUUGCAAGAGAAAAAAUCUGCCGAACGAUCUGGGAAAACCCCUCUUUCGAGAUGUUCUCCAUACUAUUCUAGUAGUCUGAGUUCAGAGUCUCCACCGAUACAACCCCUGAAAGCGCCUGUAAAGAAAUCUCUUUUGGUUAGAAAUAUUUCCUUAAAAAGUCCUCCAAGUGGUAACGAUACAGAUAGCUCUUUAGAUGUUAUAAGAGAUCCAAAAGAAAGAAUGAAGACAUUUAGGAGAAAGAAACCAGUCACGAGUGCUCGUAAAAGACAUGAAAAAAUACAAGAUGUUUUAGAAGAAGACUCUACCAAGAGUCAAUAUUCUUCUGAAAGUGAUAAGCUCCAGGGGGGCGUGUACUUGACUGUCGAAGAGAAUCUACGUCGUAUAGAGAGCUCAGAAUGCUCUGACAGCUACUUACCCGAAGUGGAAUCUGGUUCAUCUGAAAUGUCCAAAGGUGAUUCUCAAAACUAUGAUAUUCGAGAAUCAGUCAGUUACUCUGAAGAUGACGAACAAACAGACAUUGCGGCUAAAUAUAAGACUAAAAAUUAUGAGCCGCAUAAGUUCCCUAUUAAUAUAACACCUGUGAAAUUUCAAGGAUUUGGGUCAUCUGCAGAUGAGGAUGAAAUGGGUUUUCCCCGUUUCGAUAGGCUAGGUCGUCUACGUCAUCCAUAUCUUGACUCGCAAGAACCAAUCUAUGUUUCCGAGGACAGUCCCCCAAGAAAUUCAUAUUCAAACAAAAGUAGUCGUCAGUCAUCUCUUAAGAAAGCGAAAUCACCUAUGUUUCGCCAGCCUGAUGAUAAAUCACUCGGUGAAUCAUCUAACCAACAUCAGUCUAGAGCUAAAUUUUAUGAGGAGCAGAGUGAUAGAGAUGAUUCUGACGAUUAUGCGUAUCCCAUAGAUACAAUCAAAAGAGCUCCAAAAACCACGAAAUCUGGUGGCUUCAUGUAUGAUCGCGAAACAGUAGUUUAUUCUGAUACUGAGCUGCCGCAGGAUAAAGACGAAUAUGAAGAGUACAGAGGCAGUCCAUAUCCGGAACAUUACGAAGAGCUGGAUAUGUUUCGAACGCAGGAAAGCUAUCCACAAUACGAACGUGAUACGUUGGAGAGUAGAGAGGGCAAUGCUGAGCGAUUCGACAGGGAUUUGGACCAGCGCUUUAGUCUUAAUAACGUAGAAAGGUUUUACUCUAGUCACUACGUGGAUUCGCAGGCUUCUAGCGAUAGCCCUGAACAAAAGUUUGAUGUCUCGACUCUCCCCCCGCCUCUAUGUUCUGACGACGAGAAUGAUUAG